GUGGUUUUUAGAAGUGAAAAAAGAGUAUAAUUCCAUGAUUUCAUCUUUCCCUAACUAGAGAUAGACAAGAUUAAGGUACCUGUUGGGGUAAUUAUGGGACGUGGAAAGAUACCGAUCAAGAGGAUUGAAAACCGGACAACUCGACAAGUAACCUUUUCAAAGAGGCGAGCAGGGCUUUUGAAGAAGACCCACGAGCUUUCUGUGCUUUGCGAUGCUCAGAUUGGGCUCAUCAUCUUCUCUAGCACUGGCAAGAUGUGCCAGUACUGCAGUGAGCCUUAUAGAAUGGAGCAAAUCAUAGAAAGAUAUCAGAAGGUGACUGGAACUUGCAUUCCUGAGCAUGACAACAGGGAACAAUUGUACAAUGAAUUGGCAGAGUUGAGGAAAGAAACCCAUCAUCUUCAACUAAGCAUGAGACGCUAUACUGGUGAGGACAUGAGCUCUAUACCAAUUGAAGAGCUUGAUCAACUUGAACAAGAACUUGAACGCUCUGUCAACAAGGUCCGAGACCGAAAGAAUGAGCUCUUGCAACAACAGCUGGAUAAUCUACGUAGAAAGGAGCGAAUGCUACAGGAAGAAAACAGCAACAUGUACCGAUGGAUUCAGGAACACCAAGCAGCAAUAGAGUAUCAACAGGAAGGAAUAGAAGCUAAGCAAGUGGAGCAUCAGCAAGUUCUGGAUCAAUUCCCCUUCUAUGAAGAACCUAGUAGUGUGCUUCAGCUUGCAACCAUUCCUCAACAAUUUAACUCUUAUCAGCUCCAGCUUGCGCAGCCUAACCUUCAACAUUCAAAUGUCUAGCUAGCAUUGCAGCUAUGGUAUAAUCACCACCAUUUACUCGUCAUAUUUGUUACAUCAAGCAUCUAGUAUUCUCAAUUCUGG